AUAAAAACACGCAGACACGCUGAGGCACGUUUUGCCGGUCGAUUUCGGUCGUGGUUUCGCAGUUUCACCUGUGCUACGUGCGAGAAAGUUUGAACUUAGUUGCGUUUGGCCAGGCGAAGCUUCGUGUUUUAAUUGAAGUGGCAUGAUGCAUCCCCUGUGAUCGCUGCUGAUUGCUAAAAAUUAGGGAAGCCGUUCUGAAUCACGUUCUGCUAUUGGUGUCGUCUCAUUGUACGAAGUGACCUAUCUAAAAGAAGUACUGCUGACCUCCGAUGCACCGAUUUACAUAUGUUCGCUGUUGUCAUGUUUCUUUAGAGAAUUCAACAGUUUUACAGAACUGAGGCACCGUUUCUCGGUGUAGCUGGUCGUAUACAAUGAAUGUAUCUCGGCGAUGUUUCUACUUGGGCGCGUCCAAACCCACUUGCAAAGCGAUCUUGUUUCGUUGGGGCGUGCAACAUCGCUUACUGGUACAUCAGAAAUGCAAGCCGAUGCUUCAGACCAUCGGGCGUCGACUUCAAGUGACAGUUGCACAACCAGCAACCGAACAGCUGACUGAGAAGUCGCGAAAGGUUGUAGGAAAAUGGCUUCUUGCCUGCAGUGGCAUGGCCUUUGGUUCCAUCGUGCUCGGAGGUGUCACGAGGCUGACAAAAUCUGGCCUUUCAAUGGUGCACUGGAACCCGUUUGCCGAGUUUCCGCCUUUCGGACGACAGCAAUGGGAGCAGGAAUUUCUGAAAUACCAAGAAUAUCCAGAAUACAAAGCGUUCAACCAGGAGAUGACACUGGCCGAGUUCAAGCGUAUUUGGUACAUUGAAUACCUUCACCGUAUGUGGGGCCGCACUAUUGGUGCAGUAUUUUACACGGGUGCUGCCUGGUUCUGGUGGCGGGACUGCCUGAGUCGCCGAGCUAAGGUGCACGUCAGCCUUCUAGCUGUGGGGCUGGGAUUUCAGGGGUUCUUGGGUUGGUACAUGGUGAAAAGCGGCCUCCAGGACCAGCCACAUGUCAGCCAGUACCGGCUGGCUGCUCACCUGGGCACAGCAUUGGCCUGGUAUAGCCUGGCCUUUUGGUCAGGCAUCUCCCACCUGUCAACACAACCCAUGCAUACUUCUGCGCUGCUGUCAACAAGCAUGCGGAGGGGUGCCCAUGGAGUCCUCGGGUUGGUGUUUGUCACUGCCAUGUCGGGUGCAAUUGUGGCAGGUUUGCGAGCAGGUCUUGUCUACAACUCCUUCCCUAAGAUGGCCGAUCGCUGGGUGCCUUCUGACAUAUUGGCGCUUGAACCCAAGCUGCGCAACUUCACUGAGAACCCAACAACAGCCCAAUUUGAUCACCGAAUACUGGGUGAAAGUGUCGUGAUCUUUGUGACUGGUCUCUGGCUUUGGGGCCGGAGGCAGCCUCUGCCCCCGCGAGCAAGGAAGGCACUCCACUGUCUUCUAGCUGCUGCGUGGCUCCAGGCUACCCUGGGAGUGUCGACACUCCUAACCUAUGUUCCUGUUUCGCUUGCAUCAUCACACCAGGCAGGAGCAGUCACCCUGCUCUCAGUGGCCCUCUGGCUCACUCACGAGCUUAAGCUGCUCAGGAGGAUACCAAAGUGAACACACGAGGCCACCUGAGUUUGCUAAAGUAUGUAUUACUGUACCAUGUGACAAGAAUAAAACGUCCAAAAAGUGA